AUGGCCCAGCGUACCAGUACGUCGAGGCCACAGAUCCCUCAGGAACAACUGAGGGCAAUCAUCACGAUGCAGCCUUAUGCCUUUGACGACACCGACAGGAAGCUUCCAGAUGUAUUCAAAAACAAGAUUCCGUUGAGAUUCAAGAUCAGAGGCAAGUUUCAUCUGAACACAGGCAAUGAAGGGUAUUUGGUCAAGACAGGUGGGAAAAACAACGAAUGGGGACACGCGAGAUUCUAUCAGGGUGAUGCUUUUAUUGACAUUCUUAUUCCAAUGAACAUCGUCAAGGUUGGUGAGAAAUGGAGACCCAUCCUCGAGAGGAUCUCGGCCUCCCAAGUCGUCAGCCACUCUCUGAAUCAAUGGUCAGCGGCUACGGCAGGCUCGGUCCUAGAAAAUUUCGUUCGGUCGUUUUGGCGAUGUCUAUCAAACCAAAAGUCCACACUCGUCGAACUUGGACUACCAGAAAACGAUUUGAGACCAAUGAUCGCUGGUGACAAUCUCGUCAAGAACGUUGACCUUAUCACCAGUGGCUUCACGCCUAAAGUGAAAGAGCUUAUGGCGAAUGGAAACUUCAGUGCGGGCGAUAUCCAAUCCCUACCUCGAGUCACCAAUUCGUGGCCAGAUCCUGGAUGCUUUGGCAUAUACCUGCGAGCAUAUAGGCUUCCGCCACGCUGGGGAGCUUAUGGUGGCCAAACCACUGCUGGCUUCCAGCACCGUAACGCGAGUCACGAAACUAAUGUUAACGCUCAAAACACUCCGCACUAUAAUAUCGCCAAAAAAGCUCAAGAAGAUGAUCGUUAUAUGAUUCCCAUCAUAAUAUGGACCAGGGCUCAGUCACAGAGUAUCACACAAGAAGUCGUCCAGAUGGCUGAACAAACAGUUGUCUCUAUGAUGAACUGUUACCACGACUUGGUGAAGUACAGAUCAUCUGCUGUCAUGGCUAUAGAUCCUCAACUCUAUACACGAUGGAGCUUUCUCAACACAGUCACUCAGCUUGCCAGAGCCAGCUCUGGAUGGCCUGAGCUUAGCUACAUUGGCUGCAAUAUACAAUCCCCAAUUUUUCACCUAAUUUUGGGAUCACCAAUCCAUUGCAUCCCUAUCUCUACACCUCUUCCGAGAGAUCGUCCUAUGACAACCUAUCGAAAAGCACGCUUUUUGAGACCUCACCAGAGUCGACAUGGAACCUUCUCUAUGGCAGUGUAUUUUCAUUAUAAGGCCUCAGGAAAGAAAAGGUGUACCAUGUUUUCGAUUUCACCGGAAACGGCUGCUGCCAACAACCUCCGAGACAUAACCCCAAUAUAUCUGGUUUUCGAAAUAAUGCAGGACAAGCGCCCACAUGACAAUCCGUAUCUUGGGUGCCCGAAGAUGGGCCCAUUCAAAGGAUUUGAAGAUGCGUCUAAGCUUGGCAUUCGGGUGGAGUGGUUUGAUGAAGCAAAAAACGGAUGGAUGUCACUUCCCAUUCGGCAAAAACUCUUUGCAGGUGCUUUCCUCCAAGGAGUCAAGUCUCGAAACCAGGAGCGGGCCAUUGCCCCAUGGCGCAAGACCAUGACACUCAUACAAUUGCUUGAAGGCAUUCGGUAUAAGAAGCCUUUGGAUAGGUUUGAAGAAGAUGCCACGUUUUCGAUUACCGGGCUCUUGGAACUGAAGAGGGACCAUCUCAAACAAACGGCAUCAUGGGUACCUCGACCAUUCAAGGCCCUACAACCCCCUCCGGAGAGAUCCAAUUAUACUGAUAAUUGUGCCCAAAUGGCUGCACUUUGUCGCAAUACAAAAACUGUGACUAAUGUCUCCGAGCGGCCCAAAAACACAGAUGACAUGUGGAAGACCGAUUCAGUUGCUGCUACGCAAGCCGCCAAAACUAGGAACAUGCUUUGUGACCUAUGCGUCUACAUGUGGCGGCAACAAUCUCAAUCUCAAUGUAUCCAGGACCAGCGUCCAGGUUAUGAGGCUUGCUGUACGGCCUGCUCCAUCCUCAACCGCCCAUGCACGUGGACAGCACACAAUGAUCGCAUAGCCGCAGGCGAUACUCUUCGGUACACCGCCGGAAACCGCGGGAUAAUCCCGGGUCCAGCUAACUACCACCUGUCCUUCUACAGUACAGUGCCAAGAAAUGGUGUCGAUAUUGCCGUUGAGGUUUACGCCCCAUUUGAGGGUCGGGAGGGUCUUUUGGUGGCUGCAGGCAUGGAUGAAGGAGAAGAUGAGUCCGUAGAAGGCGUCGAUAUCGAAGAGGAUUGA